ACCAAGCCUUUCAAGAUGGUCCUCCUCAGCAGCUUUAGAAUUCUUCUUCUCUGGGGACUGGUGCUUUUUACAGAACACAGAGUCCAAAUGGGAACGGUAGGGCAGCACUCUACUGGCCCUCUGGCUGAAGCCCCUACCUUGCCCCUGAUUCAGGAGCUGCUAGAAAAAGCCCCUGGCAAGCAGCAGAGGAAGCCACAGGUCCUAGGGCAUCCCAUGCAGUACAUGCUGGAGUUGUACCAGCGCUCAGCUGAUGUGCAUGGGCACCCUAGGGAGAACCGCACGAUUGGGGCCACCAUGGUGAGGCUGGUGAGGCCCUUGGCCAAUGUAGCAAGGCCCCUCAGAGGCCCCCGGCACAUACAGACCCUGGACUUUCCUUUGAAACCAAACCAGGUAGCCUACCAACUAGUCAGAGCCACUGUGGUUUACCGCCAUCAACUCCACCUAGCUGGCUUCCACCUCUCCUGCCAUGUGGAACCCUGGGUCCAGAAAAGCCCUACCAACAGCUUUCCUUCCUCAGGAAGAGGUUCCUCAAAACCUUCCCUACUAUCUGAAGCUUGGACAGAGAUGGAUACCACACAACACGUUCAGCAAAGACUCUGGAAUCACAAGAGGCGCCGGAUUCUACGACUGGGCUUCAUGUGUCCGCAUCAAAAAGGUAGUGAGGGUCAUGAGCUCCUGUCGGGCACUUCACCUUUGGACACUGCCUUCUUGUUACUCUAUUUCAAUGACACUCAUAAAAGUGUUCAGAAGGCCAAACUUCUACCCAGAGGCCUGGAGGAAUUUAUGGAAAGGGACUCUUCUCUUCUCUUGCGGAGGGCACGGCAAGCAGGCAGUGUCGCAUCUAAGAUUCCUGGCCCCUCCCAGGAACAUGAUGGGCCUGAAGGUAGCCAGUGUUCCCUCCACCAUUUCCAAGUUAGUUUCCAUCAGCGGGGCUGGGAUCACUGGAUCAUUGCUCCCAAUCUCUAUACCCCAAACUACUGUAAGGGUGCCUGCCCUCGGGUACUACACUAUGGUCUCAAUUCUCCCAAUCACGCCAUCAUCCAGAACCUUGUCAAUGAGCUGGUGAACCAGAGUGUCCCUCAGCCCUCACGUGUCCCUUAUAAGUGUGCUCCCAUUAGCAUCCUUAUGGCUGAGGCUAAUGGGAAUAUCUUGUACAAGGAGUAUGAGGAUAUGAUUGCCCAGGCCUGCACAUGUAGGUGAUAGCACAGAUACAGGUAGCUCAAGUUUCCCAAGAAAUUGGAGUAGGGUUUAAAAUAAAGAGACAAAUGUCAAUGUUAAAGCUGCAGUGAUCCUAUAGCUAA